AUGUCCCUUCUCGCCCGUGUUCUCCGUCUCAAUACCUCCCACCGCCUUCUGAAUUCCACGUCAUCUGCUUCAUUCUCCCAGAAAUACCGUACCGAUGACGUCACCCCUCAACCACUUCAGUUGCUCUCGGAGACUGAAAAUUCGUUCGUAGAAACUGUUCGACGUUUCGCUGGGGAUGUGAUUCAACCGUUGGUUCGGGAGAUGGAUAGAAAGGGGGAAAUGGAUGACAGAGUGCUGAAAGGAUGCUUUGAUAAUGGGCUAAUGGGUAUCGAAGUCCCUGAAAAGUACGGUGGCUCCGGUUCAACGUUCUUCGAUGCCGUCCUCGUCAUUGAAGAAAUCUCAAAGGUUGAUGCAUCUGUGGCAGCUCUCGUCGAUGUACACAACACACUCUUUGUUCCUCUCAUCAUUGAACUCGGAACGGAAGAACAAAAACAGAAAUAUCUUCCGAGAAGUGUCACUGAAGCAGUCGGGUCGUUUGCUCUCUCUGAAGUCAGUUCAGGUUCAGAUGCAUUCGCUUUGAAGACAACUGCGAAGAAAGAUGGAGAUGAUUAUAUUAUUAAUGGAUCGAAAAUGUGGAUUACGAAUUCAGAACAUUCGGAGGCUUUCUUGUUAUUUGCAAAUGCUGAUCCAAGUCAAGGAUACAAAGGAAUCACUGCUUUCAUGGUUGACAAGGACAGCAAGGGAUUCAGUAUUGGUAAACCGGAAGACAAACUCGGAAUCCGCGCAUCUUCCACCUGUCCCAUUCAUUUCGACAACGUCCGUGUUCCCAAGUCGGCGAUUUUGGGAGAAUAUGGAAAAGGUUACAAGUAUGCGAUCGAGUGCCUCAAUGCCGGAAGAAUCGGAAUCGGAGCUCAGAUGCUCGGUCUGGCUCAAGGAUGUUUCGAUCAAACGAUUCCAUAUCUUCAGCAGAGAGAACAGUUUGGAGAGAGACUUAUCGAUUUCCAGGGAAUGCAACACCAAAUCGCUCAAAUCCGUACCGAAAUCGAGGCCGCCCGUCUCUUGGUCUACAACGCUGCUCGUAUGAAGGAGAACGGUCUUCCAUUCGUUCGUGAGGCGGCUAUGGCGAAACUUUUCGCUUCUCAGGUCGCCACCAACACCACCUCAAAAUGUGUCGAAUGGCUGGGAGGUGUCGGUUUCACUAAAGAAUUCCCUGUGGAGAAAUAUUAUCGUGACUGUAAAAUUGGAACAAUUUACGAGGGGACAUCCAAUAUUCAACUGAAUACAAUUGCUAAACUUAUCGAUUUGGAAUUCAAAAAUAAGGCUUAG